CUUUUUAGUACGCUACUUGAUUAAGUUCCAUUUCUCUAUAAAUUGAAGUGCGAGUUGCAUUUUCAACACAUAUCUUCAAAUAACUCUCAUUGAGUCAUACCAUUAAUAAGUACGAUAAAAGAUGGAUUCAAGAUUCAACGAUACCGUUCAUUCCUUGAGGUAUACUGAUGAAAAGAGUGACGAUGAGUAUGCAUUUGUGAAAGCUUUACGUAUGAGUGGUGGAGUUGGAGCCAACAGUUACUCCGCCAAUUCUCUACUUCAGAGAAGAGUUUUAUCAAUGGCCAAACCAGUCUUGGUAAGAAACACAGAAGAAAUGAUGAUGAAUUUAAACUUCCCUAACUAUAUCAAAGUUGCUGAAUUGGGUUGUUCCUCGGGGCAAAACACGUUUUUGGCUAUCUCUGAGAUCAUCAACACCAUCAAUGUGUUGUGCCAAAACUCGAAUCAAAACCCUCCAGAAAUCGACUGUUGUCUCAAUGAUCUUCCAGAAAACGAUUUCAACACAACGUUCAAGUUCGUGCCCUUCUUCAACAAGGAGAUCAUGAUGACAAACCAAGCAUCGUGUUUCGUCUAUGGAGCACCAGGUUCCUUUUACUCUAGGCUCUUCUCUCGCAAUAGCCUCCAUUUUAUACACUCCUCAUACGCUCUCCAUUGGCUCUCUAAGGUUCCAGAAAAUCUCGAAAAUAAUAAGGAAAAUGUGUACAUAUCAAACUCAAGUCCUCAAAGUGCAUACAAAGCUUACUUGAAUCAGUUUCAACGAGAUUUCUCAAUGUUUCUAACGUUACGUUCUGAAGAAAUUGUCUCUAAUGGACGGAUGGUUCUUACCUUCAUCGGUAGAAACACUCUUAACAGUGAUCAAUUUUAUAGAGAUUGUUGUCACAUAUGACAUGAACAUAUGUCUUAACAGUGAUCAAUUUUAUGGACGGAUUAUAAGAUCAAUCAAAGUUUUUUUUU